ACAACCAUAGCGCAACUCGUGAUUUCGGAGCCGUUUCAUUUUCUCUAUGAAUAUUGAUUUUCUUUGAGUCCGCGCUUUUCAUUCAAAGUUCCCCUUGUAACAUAAAAGGUAGUUUUUGAAGAGUGGGGGGCGUGGCGUAGAGAAAGGGAGUAAGGAAGAGAAAAUGGCGAUAAAGAAGUAUUUCUGCGAAUAUUGCGAAAAGCAAUUUCAAGACACACCGUCGGAUCGGAAACGCCACGCCGCAGGCAGUCAACACAAACAAGCCAAAGCACGUUGGUACGAUUCCUUCAAACCCCAACACCACAACCCUAUUCCACACCAACCUAAUCAACCCUUCUGCUUUCACUUCGUCAACAAGGGAUUUUGUCGUUACGGAGAUUCUUGCAAAUAUUUUCAUCCCAAUACGCAGCAACAGCAACCAAUCACAACCGCGCCACCAGGGAAUGUAGGAGUGUCGUUCGGCAAUUUGCCUCCGUCGUUGCAACCUCCGCCUGAAGGUGGAUACCCCUACACUCCCUUUGUCGACUGGGGGUAGAUUUGUAAUUCUAUGUUUUUAAAACUGGUUCUCAAAUCCGGAUAUCUGUUCUUAAAAUUGGUUCUCAAAUCCGGAUAUUUGAACUGUUUUAAAAACUGGUUCUCAAGUCCGGAUAUUUGAACUGUUUCUUUAACUGGUUUACAAAUCCAUAUAUCUGAACUGUUUUUAAAACUGGUUUCCUUUAUAAACCUAGAUAACUGAACUUUUUAUCUAA